AUGAAUACACAUCGAGACAGCGGAUCUAUAAAUACUUCGAAGAGUUCUACUAAACAUCGAAAAACAGGUGAAUUUGUUGCUCGUGAAUCUUUAUUCACUGAAUUAUUUUGCAUUUCACAUAUUAAUUGUGUGAGAAAUGGAUUCAUUGCUGGUUUUAUUCUGAUGGUAUUACGUCAUUUAGUCGAUGAUUUACUUCAUUAUGGAAGACUAAAUUGGACAUUUGAAUUAUUGUUUUUAGCAUUUGGUCAAUUGCAUAUUGUCAUAAUUAUUUGGUCUAUUAUGACUUUAUGUACAACUUUUAUUGUCUAUUAUGGGACAUAUAUUUGGGCAAAUAAUCGUAAAUUUAGUGGAACUUCCCUCAAAUUAUAUGACAUAAUUUGGUUAUUGAUCUAUAUUUGUUAUAUAAUGGGUUUAUUGAUUAUACCAUAUUGGCAAGUAAAUAAAUAUCAAUUGCCAUUUGCUUGUGCAACAACUGUUAUUCUUGAACAACUACGUCAACUAAUGAAAACACAUUCAUUUGUACGUGAAAAUGCUGGAAAAAUAAUCUCACAACCAAAUAAAUCAACUGAUCCUCUGUUAUCUUCUGAAUUUAGUCAUUUUAAUCAAUAUUUAUAUUUUCUUUAUGCACCUACAUUAAUUUUUCGAGAUGUUUAUCCUCGAACAUCGACUAUUCGAUGGAAUGUUGUCUUUAAAAUGUUUGGUCAAUAUCUAACUUGUGGUUUUUUAGUUUAUCAUAUUUUAGCAUAUUCUUGGAUGCCAGUUUUUGCUCGGUGUUUUACAGAAACUGAUUUAACAUUGAAAUCUGCAAUAACAUCUAUAUUUGACUUAAUACUUCCAGGAGUUCUCAUUAUUAUAUUAUGUUAUUAUGGUUUUUUUUAUUGUUGGUUGAUUGGAUUUGCAGAAUUGCUUCGCUUUGCUGAUAGAAUGUUUCAUGCGGAUUGGUGGAAUUCAGCAUCAUCUGUGACAUUUUGGCGAACAUGGAAUAUUAUUGUGCAUGAUUGGCUUUAUGCCUAUGUUUAUGAAGAUCUUAGCAAAUUAUGUUCUGGUAAAAAAACUCUACCAAUAAUUUGUGUAACUAUUCUUUCAGCUAUACUUCAUGAAUAUUGGCUGACUAUUGUUUCUGGAAUUUUCUAUCCAGUGUUAUUUGUGUGGUAUGGCUUAUUUGGAAUGCUUCUUCGUUUUGCUUUCCCACGUUCAAAAGGACCACUAUGGAGUCUUUUUUUCUUAUUAAUGAUACCAGUCUAUUUCGCAACAGUUGCAUAUUUAUAUGCUCUUGAAAUGUCUAUUCGAUAUUUUCCUUGGAAUCGUCAAACAUUUGAAAAUGUAAUGGUUAAGAAUGGUAAUGAAUCAAAAGUUGAUUUAUGA